AUGUUCAACCUCUAUUCCAGCUUGUCGUCUGUUUCUGCCGCCGAACUCAAUGGCUUUCUCGUCGGAUUUGGCGAGAACGCCCACCCCAGAGAACUUUCGCCUCAGACCCGCGUUCUUCUCAGCGGAGGCCAGUACUCGUCCAUGAUUACUAAGGACGGAAAAUUCAUCUUCGCCAAUGUCCCUGAAGGAACAUACCUUCUGGAGGUCCAGAGCCCACAGUACACCUACCCCACCGUCAAGGUGACACUUGCAGGAAAGGAGACCAAGGCCAACUUGGUCAGCUUGGGAUUCGAUUGGUCCAACAACGAUAACCCUCUCCAGCUUCCUCUCACCCUCGUCCCCCGCGCACCCACCACUUUCUUCGUCCCUCGUGAAGGGUUCAAGCUCUCGUCGUUGUUCGCCAACCCCAUGAUGUUGAUGAUGGGAGCCAGUGUCUUGAUGCUCUUUGUCAUGCCCAAGCUUAUGGCCAACAUGGACUCUGAGGCAAUGGAAGAGAUGCAGGGAAUGCAGGACGAUAUGAAGAUGCCCAGCUUUGAGAUGCCCGACAUCUCGGCCACCCUCGCAAAGUUCUCGACUGGCGGCGCAAGCAGCAGCAGCAGCAGCAGUCCACAAGUUACAUCUGGAAAGAAGAGGCAAUAA